AUGUGGGUCGGGCAUUAUCGUGAAAAUUCAUCCAUGUACAAGCGUACUCCUUCGAGAGAUUAUUCAAACAUGGAUGAUGUGGAAGAAAACUUAGAUCUUUUAGACAAUGGCUUGGAUAAGGGAACCUCAAAUCCUUCGUGGAAGCUUUCCUUACCUCAUGUACUUGUGGCAACCAUUUCUUCAUUCCUUUUUGGAUACCAUCUCGGAGUUGUUAAUGAACCACUUGAGAGCAUUUCUGUGGAUCUUGGCUUCCAUGGAAAUACAAUAGCAGAAGGUCUGGUGGUGAGCAUAUGUCUUGGUGGUGCCUUGAUCGGAUGUCUACUGAGUGGUUGGAUUGCUGAUGGGGUGGGACGACGUAGGACUUUCCAAUUGUGUGCUCUGCCAAUGAUAAUUGGUGCUUCUAUGAGUGCGGCUACAAACAACUUGUUUGGCAUGCUUGUAGGAAGGUUGUUUGUUGGGACUGGCUUGGGUCUGGGCCCUCCCGUUGCUUCUCUGUAUGUGACAGAGGUUUCUCCUGCUUUUGUGCGGGGCACCUAUGGAGCUUUCAUCCAGAUUGCAACAUGCCUUGGUCUAAUGGGAGCUUUAUUUAUUGGAAUCCCUGUCAAAGAAAUAUCUGGAUGGUGGCGGGUUUGUUUUUGGGUUUCUACCUUUCCAGCUGCUAUACUUGCCGCAGCUAUGGUCUUCUGUGCAGAGAGUCCACAUUGGUUAUACAAGCAAGGAAAAAUUGCUGAAGCAGAAGCUGAGUUUGAGAGACUUCUAGGUGUAUCAGAAGCAAAAGUUGCUAUGUCAGAGUUAUCAAAGGUAGAUAGAGGUGAUGAUACUGAUUCUGUGAAGUUGUCAGAAUUGCUACUCGGGCGUCAUUCUAAAGUUGUUUUUAUUGGAUCAACCCUAUUUGCUUUACAACAGCUAUCUGGUAUAAAUGCUGUGUUUUAUUUCUCUUCCACUGUUUUUAAAAGUGCUGGAGUGCCAUCAGACCUUGCAAAUGUCUGCAUUGGAAUUGCAAAUUUGGCAGGAUCUGUCAUUUCAAUGGGUUUGAUGGAUAAGCUUGGAAGGAAGGUUCUACUUUUCUGGAGUUUCUUUGGCAUGGCAAUAGCAAUGAUCCUUCAAGCCACAGGAGCAACUUCACUUGUAUCAAACGUGGGAGCUCAGUACUUUUCUGUUGGUGGCAUGUUACUGUUUGUCUUAACAUUUGCUCUUGGGGCUGGCCCGGUUCCAGGUCUCCUUUUACCAGAAAUCUUUCCUAGUCGAAUAAGAGCCAAGGCAAUGGCAGUCUGUAUGUCAGUGCAUUGGGUCAUAAAUUUCUUUGUUGGCCUACUGUUCUUGCGUUUGCUGGAGAAACUCGGUCCACAGCUGCUUUACUCUAUGUUUGCUACCUUUUGCACCAUGGCAGUAAUUUUUGUAAGAAGAAAUGUGGUUGAAACCAAAGGGAAGUCACUUCAUGAAAUUGAGAUUGCACUUCUUCCCCAAGACUAG